AUGGCGCCUCUUGUGGAUAAUCCGUUGAUUGCAUCUGCGACUUUGCAUAAUCCGUUGCCACUCUCCUUACACACAUACGUCUGGCCUUUUAUAAUAAUAUGGCCCAUCUUCUUUCGAUAUUACCUGUCGCAGGACCUUUACGAUAAACACAUUGGCGGGCAGGAAUGGACUUUUGUGUGGUGUGGAACAAUUAUCACCAUUCAGAGUUUGGUCUGGCUCAGCACAAACUGGAGUGUUAAUCUGAGAUCCCUCUUCACUUCGACCUCGGUGAAAAGCGUCGGAGAAGCCAAGUUAAUCAAAGUUCUGCCUGUGGCUAACGCUGGGGCUCCUGAUAUCUGUUCUAUUGUCCGCGAUACGGCAGGGGGCAAAAAUAAUGUUUCUUUCCUUUUCCAAAAGAGACGAUUUCUCUACGACCAGACCAAAGGCUCCUUCUCACCACUUACUUACGCGAUUGACGCCGAGCCAAAACCUAAAAUCGAACAAUUCCAGAAGUCGAUAGGUAUUUCCUCCCAAUCCGAACUUUCCCGAAUCCAGCAACAUUAUGGCGACAAUACCUUCGAUAUCCCGGUUCCCACUUUCGUCGAACUCUUCAAGGAGCACGCGGUUGCGCCAUUUUUCGUCUUUCAAAUCUUCUGUGUAGGACUAUGGAUGUUGGAUGAAUACUGGUAUUACUCUCUGUUUACGCUUUUCAUGCUUGUUGCAUUUGAAAGCACGGUUGUUUGGCAAAGACAGAGAACCUUGAACGAAUUCCGCGGGAUGAGCAUCAAGCCUUACGAUAUCUGGGUCUAUCGGUUGAAUAAAUGGACCGAAACUCAAAGUGAUAAACUAUUGCCGGGAGACUUGGUAUCUGUCGGACGUACCAAGGAAGACAGCGGAGUCGCAUGUGAUAUGGUUCUGGUGGAAGGAAGCGCUAUUGUCAAUGAGGCGAUGUUGUCCGGUGAAAGUACCCCUCUCUUAAAGGACUCGGUUCAGCUCAGGCCUUCGGAUGCAUUGUUGGAACCGGAAGGACUGGACAAGAAUGCCUUUUUAUACGGCGGUACCAAGGUCCUCCAGAUCACUCAUGGAAACAGCGAAGAGGAACGGCCAAAAGUUGCUUCUGGAGUGCCAGCACCUCCGGAUAAUGGAGCCAUGGCUAUUGUUGUCAAGACUGGGUUCGAGACUUCUCAAGGAAGCUUGGUCCGUACCAUGAUCUACUCUACCGAGCGUGUUUCUGCAAACAAUGCCGAAGCCCUUCUUUUCAUCCUUUUCCUCUUGAUCUUCGCAAUCGCCGCCUCCUGGUAUGUUUGGGAUGAAGGUGUCAAGAAAGACCGAAAGCGAUCCAAGCUUCUUCUGGACUGUGUCCUUAUCGUUACUAGUGUUGUCCCACCGGAGUUACCUAUGGAGUUGAGUCUUGCAGUGAACACCAGUCUUGCAGCUCUCAGUCGUUACGCAAUCUAUUGUACCGAGCCUUUCCGUAUUCCAUUCGCCGGACGCGUUGACGUUGCGUGCUUUGACAAGACCGGGACUCUGACUGGAGAAGAUUUGGUUGUUGAGGGAAUUGCUGGCCUUGGUCUUCAAAAGUACCAGGAGUCUGGUACAGAUACACCACGUGAAACCGACGGCGCUCAUAGCCAUAUCACCCCAGUGCUUGAAGCAGGGCUGGAAACGACUCUUGUCCUCGCCACUGCACACGCUCUUGUGAAACUCGAUGAAGGCGAUAUUGUUGGAGAUCCGAUGGAGAAAGCCACCCUCACGUCGCUCGGAUGGACUCUUGGCAGAAAUGAUACUUUGACUAGCAAAAAUACUUCAUCCGUCAAAGGCACCUCUUACGGCACUGCUUCCAACUCUGUUCAAAUCAAGCGUCGCUUCCAGUUCUCUUCUGCGCUGAAACGACAAAGUUCUGUCGCGACCGUUACCUUGAUUCAUCCUGACACUGGUAAAAAGGUCCGAAACACCUUUGUUGGUGUCAAAGGUGCCCCAGAAACUAUAAUGAAAAUGUUGGUCAGUGUACCUGGGGAUUAUGAAGAGACUUUUAAGUAUUUCACUAGAAAGGGCUCCCGUGUUCUCGCUCUCGCAUUCAAGCAUCUUUCAACCGACACCGAGCUUGGAAGCCAGAAAAUCAAUGAGCUUAAGCGCGAAAGGGUGGAAGCAGAUCUACAUUUCGCUGGUUUCCUCGUGCUCCACUGCCCACUAAAAGAAGACGCCAAAUCAUCUGUCCGCAUGCUGAACGAGAGUAGUCAUCGUGUAGUCAUGAUCACCGGAGACAAUCCGCUUACCGCUGUACACGUCGCCUACGAGGUGGAAAUAGUUGACAGAGAAGUUCUCAUUCUUGACGCGCCUGAGCAUGACGAUUCUGGGGAGAAAUUAGUAUGGAGAAGUGUUGACGACAAAAUCUCGAUUCCUGUCGACCCUAGCAAACCUAUUGACCCGAAAAUCAUUCAAAACAACGAUUUGUGCGUGACUGGUUAUGCUUUGGCAAAGUUCAAGGGCCAGGUUGCCUUAUCAUCAAUCUACCGAUAUACUUGGGUGUACGCUCGUGUAUCACCGAAGCAAAAGGAAGAGAUCUUGAUGGGUCUCAAGGAUCUUGGUUACUAUACACUCAUGGCUGGUGACGGAACGAACGAUGUUGGUGCGCUGAAACAAGCCCAUAUCGGCGUUGCGCUGUUGAAUGGUUCCCAAGAUGAUCUCAAUAAGAUUUCCGAGCAUUUCAGAAAUACCAAGAUGAAAGAGAUGUAUGAGAAACAAGUUCAACUGAUGACAAGAUUCAACCAACCGUCGCCUCCAGUCCCUGUUCUGAUCGCCCAUCUUUAUCCCCCGGGACCGACUAACCCCCACUACGAGAAAGCUGUGGAGCGAGAAAUGGAACGGAAGGGAACAACUCUAGCGCUCAAAGAGACUGCUGCGGAUAGCAAAACCGAAAAGAUAGAGACUAUAACCACACCGGGCGCUCAAGCUCUCAUUAACUCCAAGACCCAAAAUCAAACUCCAGCACAGCAGAAAGCUUCAAGCUUGGCCGAGAAGUUUACCCAGAGUAUGAUGGAAAUGGAGGAAGACGACGAGCCACCUACCAUCAAACUCGGUGAUGCUUCUGUUGCUGCACCAUUUACCAGUAAACUUAGCAACGUCAUCGCGAUUCCAAAUAUCAUUCGCCAAGGUCGUUGUACUCUUGUUGCAACUAUCCAGAUGUACAAAAUUCUGGCGCUCAACUGUCUCAUUUCCGCCUAUAGUUUGAGUGUUCUGUACUUGGAAGGUAUCAAAUUUGGAGACGGCCAAGUAACAAUCAGUGGUAUGCUCAUGAGCGUCUGCUUCUUGUCGAUUUCUCGUGCCAAGUCUGUGGAAGGAUUGUCAAAGGAACGUCCUCAACCCAACAUUUUCAACUUCUAUAUCAUUGGCUCCAUCUUGGGUCAAUUCGCGGUGCACAUUGUCACCCUGAUAUACAUUGCGCGAUUCUGUGAUAGACUUGCUCCACGAAGCGAUGAUAUCGAUUUAGAAGGAGAGUUCCAGCCUUCCCUCUUGAACAGUGCCGUCUAUCUUCUCCAACUUAUCCAACAAAUUUCCACCUUUGCUAUCAACUACCAAGGUCGACCAUUCCGCGAAGCUUUAUCAGAAAACCGCGGCAUGUACUGGGGUAUUCUCGGCGUAACAGGUAUCGCCUUCUCUUGCUCCACGGAAUUCAUCCCCGAAAUCAACGAAAAGAUGCGUCUCGUACCUUUUUCCUCUGAAUUCAAAACCACCAUGACGACCGUCAUGAUUGUUGACUACGCAGGCUGUUAUGUCAUUGAAAAGGCCCUGAAAUUUUUGUUCAGCGACUACAAACCUAAGGAUAUUGCCAUUAGACGACCGGAUCAAAUACGCCGGGAGGAGAAGAGAGCCGAGGAGGCGCUGGCCGAGAAGAUUAGAGCGGAAGAGGAGAAGGCUGAGAGGGUUAUCAAGGAGUUGGAGGAGAAACUGAGGAUUAAGGCAUAA